AUGACCACUAAAGAACUACUGUAUUUUGAACAACAAUAUGAACUCGUAGAAUCUGAUAUAAUUAACGAAGAAAAACCUCAUGUAUCAUUACAAUAUGUUGCGAAAAUGUUGAGAAAAGUGGGAGAUGAAUUAGAUGACAAGAUAUAUAAGGUCACCACAGUAUCUCAAUCAACAUCCAUUACACGAAUAUUUCAGUUUGUAAAUUUAAUUCUACAUUAUGCUUCGAUACCAUCCCUACAAUUACUGCAAUUAUUAUUAACAUCUAGAUAA